UGACUUCAGUCUGAAGCUCGAGCUCCUUCACUUCACGCGCUACACAUCAGCGCACUUUCCCGCUAUAUAUACAUUUGGAAUAUACGGCUUUCGGCGCGCGGCUCAGGAUGACGGGUGGAGGUUUGGCAGGGAGAGGCUCCAGUCCCUGCUAGAUCCUCAUCUUCCUCCUCCUCCUCUUCAUCAUGGCCAAUCACCUGGAGCUGCUGACGGAGCUGCAGAACCUGGAGAAGGUGCCGAGUCUGGAGCGCCUCCGGGCCGCACAGAAGCGCCGCGCGCAGCAGCUGAAACGAUGGGCCGCGUACGAGAAGGACAUGCAGAACAAGAAGCGCAGGAACGACAAGCGGCGCGCACACGGCGGCCCACAGGAGAGCCGCAGGAGGGUGUCGUUCGCCGCUAGCGUCGCGCUGCUGGAGGCGUCGGCGAGGAACGACCCCGGCGAAGUGCGAUAUUUACUGAAGAACAACGUCAGUCCGGAUCUGUGCAAUGAAGACGGUCUGACGGCCCUACACCAGUGUUGUAUUGAUAACUAUGAGGAGAUGGUGCGGAUCCUUCUGGCUCACGGAGCGACUGUGAACGCGCAGGACAACGAGCUCUGGACGCCCCUUCAUGCAGCCGCCACCUGUGGACACACGGGCCUCGUCAAGAUCCUCAUCCAGCAUGACGCUGAUCUCCUAGCGGUGAACUCUGAUGGGAACAUGCCCUAUGACCUCUGUGAGGACGACCCCACGCUCGACAUCAUCGAGACCGCCAUGGCCAAUCGAGGCAUCACGCAGGAGAUGAUCAACGAGACGAGAGCAUCGGUGGAGAAGAGGAUGCUGGGAGAUAUUCAGAACCUCCUUCAGGACGGAGCCGAUGUCAACCAUCACGACUCCCAGGGGGCCACGCUGCUCCACAUCGCGGCUGCCAACGGUUACGCUCAGGUCACAGAGACGCUGUUAGAAGGAGGAGCAAGAACAGACGUGAGGGAUUCUGACGGAUGGACGCCGAUACACGCCGCCGCCUGCUGGGGACAGGUGCAUGUGGCCGAGCUGCUGGUGUCUCACGGUGCCAAUCUGAACGCCAAGACGUACAUGGAGGAGACGCCCAUAGAUCUGUGUGAGGAUGAGGAGUUCAGGAAUCAUUUGCUGGAGUUGAAGCACAAGCAUGACAUCAUCAUGAAGUCUCAGCUGAAGCACAAGACGUCUCUGUGUCGUCGAACCAGCAGCGCCGGCAGCCGAGGGAAAGUGGUCCGGAGGGCGAGUCUGUCGGACAGACACAAUCUCUGCCGGAAGGAGUAUCAGACCGAAGCCAUCGUGUGGAGAGGAGGACGAGAAGAGGAGCGCGAGCGAGAGUCGGAUCAGGAGAACAGCCGAGCGGCUGAUGACGGCUCGCGCGCGCCGGGGAUCCUGAAGGACGGCGGACGACAGAACGGUUGCGUUUCCGCUCCAGCGCUGCCCGCUUCUAACGGCGACCCCGUGACCCCUGACCCCCACGGCCCCACGACCUCCACUGAGGAGUCCAAGCCUAAAGAGCGCGCGCAAACGCUGUCCGAACUCAAAAAGCAGCGCUCAGCCGCUAAGCUCCUCCCACACCCCGUCCUCAACGGUCACAUGGGCAACGGAUCCACCAAUCCCGAGGACCCGCGCAUGCCACAGGUCUCGUCCAAUGGCAGCGCGGUUUACUUCACGCCGGCCAGCGGAGACCCGCCCCUCCUGAGAUUCAAGCAGCCAAUCGAAGACGAGGAUCCGAAGAGUCACGGCUGCUGCUGCGUCUCGUAGAUCCGGCCAAUCGCAUGAUCCCAAGCGUGUGAUUGGCCGAUGGAGGCCUGAUUCAUCCGAUUUAGUUUUCAUUCUCAAACAGUGGGAGGGUUUAUGGGUAAUUAUUUAUUUCAUAUCAUCAGUUCUGGCAUGUUAAUUUGGUGUCUGUCCGGUUGAUCGUGAAACUGACAGCAGAAACAGCCAAUAAGGUUCUAGUGCCACUCUUGUAGCCCCUCCCACUCCUCAACACUCACCUGCCAAUCACAGGAUCCCUUGCGUCUGAUUGGCCGACCGAGGCCUGAUUCAUCCCCAGAGAUUUGCUCUGAUUUUGAGAUGCGUUUCUGUAAAACACAGAGGUGAGCGUGAUCCUGCACAGGGAUCAUGGGUAAUUAUUUAUUUCUGAUCAGUUCUUGCAUGUUAAUUUGGUGUCUGUCCAGUUGAUCAUGAGUCUUGCAGAAACAGCCAAUGAGGAUCCAGUGCCACUCCUGUAGCCCCUCCCACUCCUCGACCCUCACCUGUCAAUCACAGGAUCCCAAGCGUCUGAUUGGCUGACGGAGGGCCUGAUUCAUCCCCAGACUUUUUUUUUCACUCCCAUUCCGAACCUGGAAGUUUCUAAUGACCUGUUUUUGAACCCUGACCUUCUGAAACAGGAAGAAAAUGAUGUCAUUCAGGCCCCAAGGUUAGAUGAGUGAACUAUGCUUCUCUUUUUCACUUCCAGCCUCAUUCAUUGCUCCAGAAGUAAAGCACCGCUCUCCUGUACAGUAUUUAUUUGUAUAUGUGCAUAGAGCCACUGUUCUAUAAGAUUAUUUAUUGUAUGAUAAGAGAGAUGAGUGACAGAUGCGUUCAGUAUUUAGUAUUUUUCUAUGAGAGUGUUAUAAAGACCAGAUGAAGUAUUCGAUGUCCAACUCACAUUUCACACUAAAAUCACAUUACAAACACUUUCAAUUCAAAUAACAAAAUAUAUCAGAUUGUUUUCAUGAGAUUUCGCUUAUUUGUUAUGAAUUUAAUAGUGCCGGGCAACGAUUUAUAAAAAAAAAAUGUGUGUACUCUGUACUGUGUAUAUAAUUAUUUUGUGUAUAUAAAACACACAUAUGCAUG